AUGGGCAUCACCUUUGUCGCAUCACUUCCGCUGACCCUCCGUCCCUCGCGUGCCCAGCUCUCCCCGCUACGGGCCCCAGCCCGCGCCCGAUCAAUCCGUCUCGUGCGCAUGGUCAGCGCUCCGGAGCGUACAGAAGCUUCCCCCGCCAACGUCAAGGUGGAGCCCAUGUCUGUCCUGCUGCCCGAGAAGCUCUCAGAGGAAGGUAUUGCCCUGUUGUCGAACACCUUCUCCGUCGUCAAGAAGCUCGACCUCACCCCCGAAACCCUUCUGGAGGAGAUCCCGCAUCAUGACGCAAUCAUCAUUCGCUCGGGCACCAAGAUGACCAAAGAGGUCAUCAACGCCGCCAAAAAGCUCAAGGUCAUCGGCCGUGCUGGCGUUGGUGUUGACAACAUCGACAUUCCCGCCGCCACCGAGCGCGGCGUCCUCGUCGUCAAUGCUCCCACGGGGAACUGUGUCGCUGCCGCUGAGCAUUCUAUUGCCCUCUUGUGCUCUAUGGCUAGGCUCAUUGGACCUGCUGAUGCUACUAUCAAGGGCGAAGGCUGGAACCGAAGCGCCUUUGUGGGCGCCAGCCUCGUUGACAAGACUUUGGGUAUCGUCGGCCUGGGGCGUAUUGGCCGCGAGGUGGCCAAGAGGGCUCGUGGCCUGGGCAUGAAGGUCAUCGCCAGUGACCCUUUCACUAGUGAGGAGGCGGCCGCGGCUAUAGGCGUCACUCUCGUCCCGUUCGAUGAGGUUCUCAGUGGUAGUGACUUCAUCACCCUCCAUAUCCCGCUCAUCGACUCCACCCGCAACUUGCUAAAUGCGGCCGCAUUUGACAAGAUGAAGCAAGGUGUGCGCAUCAUCAACGCCGCCCGGGGUGGUAUUGUCGUGGAAGAAGCGCUUCUUGCAGCAAUCGAGUCUGGCAAGUGCGCCGGAGCCGCCCUGGACUGCUUUGAGUAUGAGCCGCCGCACAAGCAUCCCGGUUCUAUCUCAGCUAAGAUUGUCCAGAAUCCCAAGGUUCUCGCCACCCCCCAUCUGGGCGCAAGUACACGCGAGGCUCAGGAGGACGUGGCCGUGGAAAUCGCCACCGCUGUCAGAGACACUUUGAAUGGCGACAUGGUUGCUACCAUGAUCAACGCCCCCGCCAUGGCCCCAGAAGUACUUAAGGCCCUCAAGCCUCGCGCCCAGCUCUGCGAGCGUCUGGGCAGACUCACCUACUACAUGUCUGGCGAGGCACUUCAAGGCGAAGUCGCCGUCGAUUAUCACAUCCCUGGUGCCGGCGACACUAGAAUUCUUCGUGCAGGGCUGAUUAAGGGACUCAUGCAACCUGCCAUUAGCUUGCCCAUCAGUAUCGUCAACGCUGAGAGCGUCGCCGCAGUCCAUAACCUCAACCUCGCAGAGACCAAUCACUUUCCUCCCUCUUUUGACGGCUCUAAUGAAGUCGUCGUCACCGUCAAGGACUGCCCAGUCAUAGAAGGUCGUGUUGUCAAUGGGAAGCCGCAUGUCACUCGCAUUGGUCGCUUCGAGGUUGACUUGUGUCUAGAGGGCACUAUCUUGUGCUACAGCCAAGAUGACUGCCCCGGCCAGAUGGGACGUGUUGGGACCUUGUUUGGAAACGCAAAUGUGAAUAUUUCUUCUAUGACUCUGGCAAGAGACAAGAAUAGCUCCAAAGCUCUUGUGUUGCUAGGUCUGGAUUCAGACCCCUCCGCCGAGCUAUUGAAACAAGUCGAAACAACUGUCAAUGACGAUGAGCUCCUGCCUUUAGUUAUCAAGUUCUAAUUGUUUCUAGGAGAUGUUUCCGUGAUGCUCUUCUCCUCUGUUCAUAUGUUGGUUGCGACUUGAUUCAAGUACACUCUCGUAAAUAGUAGCACAGUAGGUUCUUCCUCACCCAA